UUACAUCAAAAACUUUGUUGUAGAGAAACUUCAAAUGUUGUGAUAAUGUAAGCCAUUCAACCAUUUAUUGGCAGAUGGUAUACACACGUCUCCUUAAAUUGUGUUUCUCCACAAAUUGACCCCAAAUAUAAGGUAGCAUAUACAACCUAAAAAAUCAAGAACAUACCUACAACCAGAAAAAUGGUAGUAACCAUUGUAGCUUCUCAUUGUGUUGUUCCAAACCAAGAAACACCCAAGGUUCGUUUAUGGUUAUCAGAUAGUGACCAAGUAGUGCGUUUAGGUCAUACACCCACUAUAUAUGUUUACAAAGCAAAACACAACACCAAAACCAUAGAGAGAAUGAAAACCUCACUUGGCAAGAUUUUGGUGUACUACUAUCCAGUUGCUGGAAGAUUGAACUUAUCAGAUAGUGGUCGAAUGGAAUUGGAUUGCAACGCAAAGGGAGUGACACUUCUUGAAGCUGAAACCACAAAGUCAUUGGGUGAUUAUGGAGAUUUUUCACCUUCUGAGUCCAUCAAGGAAGAGCUUGUUCCACAAAUUGAUUAUACUCAACCCUUAGAGGAGCUUCCUUUGUUGUUUGUGCAAUUGACAAGAUUCAAAGAUGGUGAAAGCUUUGCCAUUGGAGUUGCCUGCUCCCAUACGUUGGCUGAUGGUCUUAGUGCAAUUCAAUUCAUCAAUUCAUGGGCAAAGGUAGCUCGAGGAGAGACACUAGAGCCACAUGAAGUGCCAUUUCUUGAUAGAACAGUUCUCAAACUCCAACACUCUCCAUCAGCACCAUGCUUUGAUCACCCAGAACUGAAGCCACUACCACUCAAACUAGGAAGUUCUGAUAGCAUUGCUGAGGAAAACAAGAAGACAUGUGCUGUAUUACUGAAACUAACACCAGAGCAAGUGGGGAAGCUGAAAAAGAAGGCCAAUGACCAACCCAUGAAAGAAGGGUCAAGAGUAAGACCUUAUAGCAGAUUUGAAGCUAUUGCUGCUCAUAUAUGGAGAUGUGCAUGUAAGGCUCGUGAACUUGAUGAGAAACAACCAACCCUAGUUCGGUUCAACGGUGACAUUCGCAGCAGACUAAUUCCACCUCUUCCUAGGACUUACUUUGGGAAUGCUUUGGCAGCAACAGUUACACCCAGAUGUUAUGUUGGAGAAACCUUGUCAAAACCAUUGAGCUAUGCUGCCCAAAAAGUAAGAGAAGCAAUUGAAAUGCUUACGAAUGAGUACAUAAGGUCACAGCUAGACAUUGUAUUAGGUGAGGAGCAAUUGGAUUGCAUAAAGGCUUUAUUCUCGGGACAAGGAGAACGUAGGAAUGCACCAUUUGCAGGGAAUCCGAAUCUUCAAAUCACAAGCUGGAUGAGCAUGCCAGUGUAUGAAGCAGAUUUUGGUUGGGGAAAGCCUAUGUAUUUUGGUUUGGCAUAUGUGUCUGCACAAGAUAGGGCAGUGAUUCUUCUAAGUCCUCAUGGGGAUGGAUCCGUUAUUGUGUCCAUGCACUUCCAAAUAGCACAUAUGCAACUCUUCAAGAAAUACUUCUACGAGAAUAUAUGAUAUAUUCAUAUCAUUCAUCUGAACAGUCUUCAUCAUCAGCUUUGUCCUGCUCAAGUUUUAUAUUUAAUAUAUGCAAUUUCCUAUAUAUGUAAUAUAUAUUUGUGGUUGAUUUUACUUUCCUAGUUUGUUAGUAUUUUGGUAUGUGUUGAAAUGACUACUUUACCACUAGUCAUGUUAGGGAAGUAAUAAGGAACAAAAGAUAAUAGCAGGGGUAGGGGUCGAAAUAGCAAACCAGGGGUACAAGAGGAAGCAAAGCCCAACAGAAGAAUUGUGAAACCAUCUUACCUCAGGGACUAUGUCUGAGGAAAGAAUGGUAAGAUCAGCAAAAGAAGGCACCAUGUACUAUGAGAAAUAUCCUUGUGAAACCAUCUUACCUCAGUAAAUGUUGAACUUUUUAUGCUACAUUAGUUAUCUUCUUUAUGUAUGUUGAAUUUAGAAAAGUUAUAGAUGCUUGAAUUUUGAAGAAAUUUUAAGUCUAGUCCUGGUCCCAAUGCUUUUGCUUGAAUUGAAAUGAGAUUUGUUUCCUACAUUUGAGUUUCUUUGUAA